AUGUGGAGGCUAUCGACGGUGGCAGUGGCCUCCCUGGCUCUCCUUCCAUCUGUGCUGGGAACAGAUAUUUUGAAAACAAAUGGGUUCUCCAAUUGCAACAAUGGGACAUCGACAAUCAAGGUCAACAACGUCGACAUCUCCUUUGACCGGUCGACGAACAAGAUCAACUUCGAUGUCUCCGGCUCCAGCACAGAACAACAGUUUGUUACAGCCGAACUGAUUGUGACUGCAUAUGGUAUCAACGUGUACAACAAUACAUUCGAUCCCUGUGCCGAUUCCACCAAAGUCGAGCAGUUGUGUCCCGUACCCGCGACAUCAUUCUCGGCAAACGGAUCACAAGUCAUCCCCUCGCAGUAUACUUCGCUCAUUCCCUCAAUCGCCUACUCCCUUCCCGAUCUGGAUGGGACCGCGCAGAUGGUUCUCAAGGCUAAAGAUGGACAAGAACUCGCGUGCAUUCAAUCUGGUGUUUCUAAUGGGAAGACCACGGAUGUGCCGGCGGUGUCGUACGUUGCGGCGGCCAUUGCUGCUGGUGCUCUGGCCGUAUCGCUGGUCGGUGCGGCGGCUACGGGGGCACAUCCAGGCUCGACCUCAUCCAGCCCUGGCUUCUUCGAGGUCAUGUGGUGGUUCCAAGGAAUGGCAAUGAAUGGCAUGCACUCGGUGACGUAUCCCGGUGUGUAUCGCAGCUUCGCAAAGAACUUCGCCUUCAGCACAGGUCUCGUCUCCUGGGGCGGGCUCCAGAGAUCAAUUGACUCCUUUAGAGCACAUACGGGAGGCAAUUUGACCGACGACAGCUACGACUACCUCAGAAACGCCACUCUGGUUUUCCCCGACGGAACCACCACCUCAACCACGACCGGUUUCACAAAGCGGUCACUCUCGUUGAUGAUUCGGCAGAUCACCACAUCCGUCGGUAACGGCACCAGCGCGAAUUCUGAUCAGAGCAAUUCCAAGGAGUCACACCUGGUCAAAGGUAUUCAAGGCUAUGUCGAACAGCUCACAAUCCCCGAGGCCAACACCUUCAUGACCGUCCUCCUGAUCUUCGCAAUUGUGGUUGCGGCUAUUGUGGUCGGCAUUCUUCUUUUCAAGGUCAUCCUUGAGGCGUGGUCGCUUUUCGGCAGAUUCCCCAAGUCUCUGACCACUUUCCGGAAGGAAUACUGGCGCAUCAUGGCUCAGACUAUCACCAACCUGAUUUUCCUGCUGUACGGCGUGUGGACUCUGUAUUGCAUUUAUCAGUUCACUCACGGGGACUCGUGGGCGGCUAAGCUUCUUGCGGGUCUCACUCUGGGCACGUUCACGGCGGUUUUGGGCUUCUACACCUUCAAGAUCUGGAGUGUGGUCCGCAAAAUGAAGAAGAUCGAGGGCGACGCCAGUGCUCUGUUCGAAAACAAGGAGACCUGGAAGAAGUACAAGCUCUUCUACGAAAACUACAAGAAGGGUUACUGGUGGCUGUUUAUCCCUGCCAUCGUCUACAUGUUCGCCAAAGGGUGUGUGCUGGCUGCUGGCGACGGGCAUGGCCUGGUCCAAACCGUGGGCCAAUUGAUCAUCGAAACGCUCAUGCUCCUUCUGCUCUUGUGGAGUCGGCCUUACCAGCGCAAGUCGGGCAACUGGAUCAACAUCAUCAUUCAAAUCGUCCGUGUCAUGUCGGUCGUUUGUAUCCUGAUUUUUGUGGAAGAGCUUGGAAUUGCGCAAACCACAAAGACCAUUACCGGCGUCGUGUUGAUUGUGGUCCAGUCCGCUUUGACCGCCAUCCUCGCACUCCUGAUUGUCAUCAACAGCAUUAUUGGCUGCUGCAGAGAGAAUCCUCACCGAAAGCGCCGCAAGGCUGCACAAAAGAACCUCUCUCAAGACCUCGAGGGCGAUGCCUUCCUCCUACAACCAAAGCCUUACUCCGCGUCACCUCCCCGUCACAACCGCGACAUGUCCGAGUUUGGACAGAGCUACGAACCGAUGCGCGCCCAAGCUUAUUCUCGUUUCGGGCCUCGAGGGGACGAAAGCGAAGAGACGUUGGUCAAGGGUGCUGCAGACAUGGGGGCAAGCAGUUACCGCAGUUUGAGCCAAGGCAGGAGUGAGCGCGCUGGAAGUCCUCCUCCAUUUUCGAGGGAACCAAAACUGCCUGAUCUGGCCUUUGAACAAUAUCGUCAUAAAUAA